AUGACAUUUAGCGCGAGAGACGCGGUGCUUAACGAUGACGAGGAGUGGUUCAACAUCCCAGCGGUGGUGCGCAGUUUUCUUCGCCAACUGAACAAUGAGGUGCAGAAUAACCGGCUGGCAUGCGAUACGUUGCUGCAGAGCCAACGGGAGCAGGAUGGGCUGCUGAAGGGAGUUGCGUCGAAGCAGAUGGAGCGUGAGUUUCAAAUGACCAAAACGGUUCUGGCGUUGCAGCAGGACCGACAAGAGGACCAGACGUCUCUUCGCGAACUGGUGGAGAACAUGCGCGAUCAAAUGCGUCACUUGAGCGAGGAGCAACAACUAAUGAGGGAUCGUGUCCGGCGCAUGGAAGAGCGAGAGCAGGAGGCGAUUGCCAUGCACGACUCCCUUCGUGCCCAGUCCACCAGCUUGUCCAAAGCAUUGAAUGGCCGCUCAGUGGAGUUGGAGACUCUGCUGCACCGCAGUGUUGGGGAACUGUCGAAGGGUUUUGGUGAAUUGGAGAAGGAGGUUCGCUUGAUUUCGACGAAGCAGACCGACAUGGUGGUGGAGAGCCGGGGGGAGCUUGAGCGCUUCAAUGCCGCGCUGCAGCAGCUCUGUGGUGCGGUUUCUGAGGAAGUGGACAGCCUCAGAGCGCAGGUUCAGGGGCAAGAAAGGUCGUUGGAGGAUCUGAAGAGUUUUAGCCGUGAAUGUGAAGGAAAGGUUGAAAAACAGGUCAGAGUAUCUGCUCGAUUGCGUGAAAAGGUGAGUGACGCUGUGGCCGUGAUUAAACAGGUGGAAACAUCCUCCGAUGAGCGUUUUGAAUCUGUAUUUAGUGCAUUGGAGAAAACGCAAGUGCUAACAAACAAACUCUCUGUGAUCCAUCAGCAGAGAGGUGAAGAUCACUCAUCAUUGAAGACAAUACUUGAAGAAACACGCGAUACUCAUAGUACGUUGACAAGAGAGUUACAAAAGACUCUGGAUGAACAGUCAAGGAGUCAUGAAAAAGAGUUUAUGGACUUGAAAGGACGUGUUAGGUAUUUAGAAAAAUUUAAUGAUGAAGAGGCUAACCGAUUAAAUGAAGACGUUACGGUGGCCCGGUUCGGUGUCGAAGAAGCACAUCGUCGUCUGGAUGCUCUAGAGAUUGGAGCGAAAGCCCCCAAUCUGAGAGAGGAGAUGAAAGAUCUUUUGAAAAAUGCCUUGACAAAUGAACGAAUGACAUGUGAGAAGGGCUAUAUGGAGCUUAACCGUUGCUUGUUGCAGCAGAAAAAUGCUCUUUUUGAGGAAAUUGAGCGCGUCAAGACAGCAGUGGGCGAUAUGGACACCAAGUGUGAACUAGCGAGGAGUUCAGUGAGAAGGACAGAUGAUAUUGGAGAGUCUGUGCAGGCGUUGACCAAACAGGUUGGGGUUAUUGGAAAUUCUUUUGAAUGUAUGCGUGAAGAUAUCGAUAUUGUGAAGAAUGCGGUAAAGGCCUUUGAGAUGCGGCCCCUUACAAUGAUAGACUCAGAUAGAGAAAAUAAACCUCAUACUGCCUUAAACCAAUUGAAAGAAACAAGAAACAUUGUGACUGACGCUGAUCUUGAGGAAGUGCGAGCGUUGGUCGAGCAGAUACAAUAUAGACUUAAUACCCACGACAACCAGAUGAACGAGAUGCACCGAGACGUGCUACGUUAUGAGACACUUGUGAAGGAAAUACCUCGCUCCUAUCAGCGCUACAUGGAGACCGUCGAUGAAAAGUUGUCACCAGCUUUGCUCGAGUUGGAUGUGCUGCGAAAACGAAUGGCAUCUUUUGAGCUAGAACAGACGAAUGCACAACGGCGGGAAGGGAUGCAUAGUAGUCCCCCAACGGCUUCUCAUCAUGAAGAUGAUGAACUCGAAGGAAUACGAGUAAAACUUCAGCAAAAUCAGGCAUUUCAGUCUACACAGCGACAGGUUCAGGCGAUGGAUGUGCGAUUGGACAGCUUGCAGGCACAUGUGCAGAGUCUUGAGCGAAAGCUGGAGUCUAUUUCGAGGGAGAUUUCUGAUGUGUCUGGAAUAACCGCCGCACUUCAGGAAAAGGAAGACCAAAGUGACAAAUUUUUGCGAAAUGAAAUGAAAAGGGUUUUCCUUCAGUUACAUGAACUGGAAGAGGGGGUAAAGAACACAGAGCGAAAUGUGUCAUCGAAGCAAAUGUCUCUUCAGGCAAUUUCAGGCGACGUCAAGGCAUUGGAGGCUUCGAUGGAUACUGCAUCUGCCGAAGUGAGAAUGUUGGAGAAAGCCUUAAAGGGUUGCGUGAUGUUCACAUCCUUGGAGUGGAAGGAACUUGGGAACGAGGUGUCGGUGCUUUCGCGGCAUUUUCAGGAAGCAAAGCCCCACAUCUCCACUACGGAAUGUGAGACGUUUGCGCCAUUGUCAAGAGUCUCGGCAUUGGAAGAAGCGUUGGCGCAGCUACACCGCGAGCAGCAAGAGUUCGUGGGGUAUGUAGAGCAGGCCCAGAAGUCAAUGAUAGAAGGGACACAUCUUGAAACACUUCGAGAAAGAAGUGCAGAGAUUGACCGGCUACUUCCCGUACUGGAGAAGCGUCUCGACUGCGUGGAGGAGGCUGUCCGCAGGUGUGAGGCACAGAUGGUGGCGAAUGCCGGUGAUGCACUCACCUCUCUUGGAGCCCGUCUGCAGACACUUGAGGUGUCCGUGAGCGAACUGCAGGCAAGACAGCCAUCCACGCCGUCGUCAUCCGCAUCGUCUUCAUCGUCAAUAGCGGCGGUGAGCAGUGUGCUGGACCGCGUGGCCGCUUCAGAGGUACGCCUAAUGGAGCUGGAGGGUGCACUGCACGACUGCACGCGUGGUGUGGCGAAGAGCACCGAUGACGUGAAGGCGUGUGAGGGGCGUUUACAGCAGGUGGAGGCGCGGCUGCUGGAAAGCCGAAACAGUGAUAACGUAGAGGAUGCGGCAACGGCAGCAACGGAUUGCCGCGACGCCUUGUCGGCUGUCGUGGGGCGCCUUGAGAGUGUGGAAGCUUCUGCCGCGGAGUUCUUACAGGCGGUGCGGGCGCAGCAAGACGAGCUGCACGCGCACUACACCAGAGCGCAGCUUGACGCCCGCUUUGAGAGUCUCUGGGCCUCCUUCAUCGCUCUGCUCACACGCAAAGAGGACCAGGAGACGGUGGAGGAGCGGCUGCGGGAGCUACGGCGUGGGGUGACAGAGGAUGUCGCGGUGCAGGUGAACACUGCGGUACGAGAGUUGCGGCACGCAAUUGAGGAGCGUGUGAGUGUCACGGAAGUUCGAGAAUUACUGCGAGGGAUGCGCGAGUGA